AAAGUGGCCGAACAAAAUUCUCCCAUCCCGGAUUACUGGUUUUUGACAAUAAUUUUUUUCUGGAGACCGUCCAAGAAGAAGCGCGGAUAUAUAUAGUAAAGGCUCACGUUCAACAAGGUAUCCAGUCAAUCAGUCUCAGUGGACUGAACACAAGACAGAACAAACAAGGCAUCAUGGCUCCUCGUGCUAUGGUAAGAUUUAAUUUAAUUUUAUUAUAUUAUAUUAUCGUAUUCAGUAUACGAAUAGUGUAUACACACGAAAAACACUCGUCGAUAUAAUUUAAUAAUUCCUAUUGAAUCUUUUUAGAGUACGUAUUAAAUUUAAAAGAAAAAAAAAACAUUCUUCGUAAAUACAAUUUUAAAUAUCACAUUUUAAAUAAUCUAAUAAUAUUUUAUAAAUUACUUUGAAAUGAUUUGUUUUUCUUGUGAUGUGAAAAAAAAAUGCUUUCAUUAACACUACACAGUUAAUAAAUUUGUUGAAUUUUGUAAACGUAGGUACCGAAAAUAAUUUUGCCUAAAAGUAUAAUAGAUUUUUUUUUUUUUUUUUUAAAUGCAAUCUCAGUUAUUCUUUUUUUAACUAAACAUAGUAACCAUUAAAUACCAUUAUAUUAUUAUAUCAGAUAAGUUUAUUAAUUUCAAAACCUUUUUUUCAAAGUACCUAUUGAAUUAAUGUUAAUACAACUUAAGUAUACUAUAAACUAACAUUUAUUACAUUUUUUACGCAAUAAAUGGCAUUUAAAACGACAAACGUGCAAAGAAAAAAUAAAAUGAAAAUCAAUUCAAAAAAAUGUAUUCUUUAUUCGUAAUCAUAUAAUUUUAACCGCUAUAUUAUGUCAAAACUAAAUAGUUUUCUUUAAAAAAAAUAAUACUCAUUUUUUAUUACAAAUUAUAUUACCCCUGGAAUAUUCUACUAAUUGAAUUCCAAAAGUUAUUUUGCUACACUUUUCAUUUAAAAUUAAACGACUAAUAGAUUAUUAUUUAACAAAAUUGUUUACACUCAACGUAACUAUUUAAAUUUCUUUAAAGCUAUACAUAAAAAAUACAAUUUGCCGAAUGUCUGAAAUCAUAAUGUUAUUUAAUACUCCAUAAUUUUAGUUACUCGAAUUUUUGUCUUAAAUAUAUACUAAAUAUAUUAAUUAUUAAUUUUAAAUAUAUUUAGUUAUCCAUUAUUUUUUAUACGCGAGGAUUAAUAUCAUUAAUUUUCAUCAGUUUUUCAGUUUUUCAUCAUUAAUUGGAAUAGUUAUUUGGUUAUGUAUAGUAGUAGAAAACUGACGUAAAUCAUUUAGACCUGCAGUACAUCGAAACAUAAACGUGUUGUUUGAUAAAUUUAAUCUUUUUUUUUUCAUAUCAAAAUAAUUGUUAUUUAAUCAAAUUGCAAUUUGUUUAUUAAUGAUGACUAAAUGUAUUUGAUUGGAAUUAUUAUAAAUUGUAUGUAUUUUUUCAGUUUCAGGUUAUCUGCCUAGGACUCCUAGUUGUGUCCACCGCGUUCGCGGAAGAAAAAUCAACUGAAAAACUUGAGAUUAAGGCGAAAGCAGCCUUCAGUGGAUUUGGAUCUGCUUUUGAUAAGACUAGUUUCCCUUCUUUCUCAUUCGGCGCUAAGUCUUUUGGUCCAUCUACUCCAGCACCAUUUGCGUUCGAUAGUUCGUUCUCAACAACUGCUGCUCCAUUUAAAUCUAGCUUUUCCAGCUCCACACCCGCUCCAUUCGCCUUCGGUAGCGGCUCGUUCUCGUCAGCUGCAGGUUUCCCAUACAAAUCAGCUGUUUCUUACAGUUCUACACCCGCUCCAUUUGCAUUCGGUAACUCGUUUUCAUCGAAUGCUUUCGGCAGUGGUUUCGCAGGCCAGUCGUUUGAUGGAGCAUCAUUCGUUGGAUCUUCUACUCCAGCUCCGCUUUUAGAUGGAUCUUUUGCUUCUUCUACCCCAGAAGCUUUAAUUGGAUCCUCUACUCCAGCACCAUUUGUAUCUGACGCUGCUGUAUCCGACGCAAGUUUUGCCUUCUCUUCCACCCCAGCUUCCGCUUUAUUGGCCGGAUCUUCACCCGUUGUUUCAUCUACUCCAGAACCAGUCCUUCUGAACAGAUCACCAGCUUAUUCUACAGCAUACGGUUCAUACUACUCUGGAGCUUACGCUCCGUCUUUUGCACAGGGAGUAAUCACCAAAUCUGAUUCAGUCAGUCAAGACGCAAUUGCAGUACCAGCCGUCCAAAAUGCCCCUGCACCUCACCAUGAAAUUACCAUCACUAAGGAAGUUCCAGUCCCGUACUACGUUCAGGUCGAAAAGAGAGUGCCGUACCCAGUCUUAGUCCGUGUACCACACCCAUACCCGGUUACAGUAGAAAAGCAUGUACCAUACGCUGUCAAAGUCAAUGUUGAUCGUCCAAUUAACGUUCCUCAACCAUACCCAGUCGAAAUUGAAAAGAGAGUGCCAUACCCAGUUGAAAAGCCUGUACCAUAUGAAGUUAAAGUUCCAGUCGAUAGGCCAUACCCAGUUCAUGUUCCAGUAGAGAAACCAGUGCCAUACGCAGUAGAAAAGCCAGUACCAUACCCAGUAAGAGUGAAUGUUGACAGACCUUACCCUGUGGAAAAACCAGUGCCAUACCCAGUUACCGUAGAAAAACGAGUCCCGUACCCAGUGGAGAAAGCCGUGCCAUACCCAGUAGAAAAAUUGGUACCAUACGCAGUUGAAAAACGUGUUCCGUACCCAGUUAAAUACGAAGUCCCAGUCAAAGUUCCAGUUCCCGUUGAAGUGAAGGUUCCAGUAACUGUAGAUAGACCAGUGCCAUACCCAGUUGAAAAGAAGGUCCCAUACCCAGUUCAAGUACCGUACGAAGUUAAGGUCCCAGUACCAGUCGCAACCCCAACUCAACGUUUCGCUACUGUCCAUUACUACCAAGGAUCUCCUGCUGCUUUCGGAUAUGGAUCCGCUAACGGUUUUGCUGGUCUUAACGGUUACAAAGCAUUCGGAGGCCAAUAUUUCGAUGGUGCCUCAAGUGCAUACUACAGCAAUCCUUCAAACGCUGUGUUCUUUAACAACCAAAACGUGAAAUCAUACGGUGCAUCUGGACUUGCUGGUGCAUCUGGACUUUCUAGUGCAUCUGGACUUGCUGGUGCGUCUGGACUUGCCAGCUCAUCUGAAUUCGUCGGUGCAUCUGGACUCGCUGGUGCAUCUGGAUUCUCCGAUGCUUCUGGCAGUGCAUUCUACAGCUCCACCCCAGCGCCAAGUGUAUUCAGUUCCACUGCUAGCCCUGUAAGCGGAUUCAGCUCAACUGGAAGCCCAGCUGAAUUCUUCGGUUCAAACUUCGCCCAAGACGGUUUUGUUAGUUCAUCAGCAGCCCCAUUCAACUUCGAUCAAUCGUUCUUCGGAUCUUCAACCCCAGCCCCAUUCAGUUCUUUCUCUGCUGGCUCAUCUGCUGACGCUUCAGCUUUAUUGAAAUCUGCUGGUUUUGAAUCAAGCAGCCAAGAAGCAGUCGCUAUUGGAGGUUCAAGCUCAGUUAAAGCUGAAGAAUCCGUAGAGACAAAAACUGAAGAAUCCAAUGUUGUUAAGAAAUAGAUUUUUCAAAAUGUAGAUUUAACUGCAAUGUACUUUCAACUUUUUUUUUUAAAACAAACUUCUGAUUAAUAGAUACAUAUUUGUAUAAUUGUUUUUUCAAAAAUAUUAUUUGUUAAUCAAUAGUUUAUACCACAAUAUUAGAAAUUAAGUAUUCAUUUUAAAAAUGAGAAAUAAAAAUAAAAUGAUGAGCAUUAAAUAAUUUU